UGACUUCUGAUCAGCAUCUAUAGUAUAGUUCACUAAAGCGGAGUUGGAUUGCGUGUCUUUGGUAUAAUGGUCAAAUUCAGCUGGAGUUUGGGAGUAGACACAGUUGUUUCACUGGGAUAGAAAGAGUAUAUCUCCUGCCACUCACAGCUGAGGUAUCUGCAUCAUGGAAACUGAAUGCUCAAAAAGAGUGUAUCAGGGAGUCCGGGUCAAGCACACAGUGAAAGAUCUGCUGGCAGAAAAGAGGUCACGGGAGACGAGCGGGCCACGCUACACGGGUGUAUCCUCUCCUCCGUUAGUUCAAAUGACUGGUUCUCACAUGCUUCCAAGUUACUACGGCAUGAGAAGACCUUUCAUUUCAGACACAGAGUUUUGUUCCUCAAUGAAACCAUUUUCUACUGAUGUCUACCCCUCAUCGCUAACGGGAAAGUCUCUGUCAUGCGACACCGGAUGCGUGUCUGGUUAUUCCUCUCUCAUAGACAGCUACUACCCGGAGUCUUUUGGAGACUACCGCAGCACACCUUUCUCCAGCGGAGGAAGUGCAAUAUUCUCGCCAUCUGCAUUGUCUUCUUUACUCCCUCCUUACUCCAGUGACCCUUCACAUUAUUUGCUGAGGGACUCUUGGGAGCCCACGGGGACCGAGGUGGUGGAGGGUUUGUGUGGAGAUGGUCUGGCUCCCAUGCCCCUAUCUACACCCAGUUCUCUGGUCAACCCUGAGACCGCCAGCCCGACCCAGUUCCGCUCAUCUUCCCGCAUGACGUCUUCACAGUCAUACUCUCUCCAUUCACUAGAAGAAGUCAAUUAUCACUCCUCGUUUCAAUCCUCGUCUGGCAGUUUUGCUCCCCCUUCUUUCUUGACUGAGCCUGCGACCAAACUAGUGCCAGUUCUACCAUCAGAAGAUACAGAAAGUGCCCCUUCAGCCUUGAGUGACAGUCUGGUAUGGGGGAAAGAGGACACUGGUAGCACUUGGGCACAGUAUGAGGUCAGGAGGACGUUCUGAGAUUGAACUGUGUAAGGAAGUAAAGGCUUAAAGCCUAGCAGAUCAACACCUCUUCAAAACACAAGUAAGGCAAUUAGCACUAAAAUCUUUGUGUCAGUUUUACUUACCAGAGCUAAGGCUUAACAUUGGGGAACAAAAAUGACUACAUUGUAUCUUUAUGUUUUAUUUG